AGGACUUGGAGCUUGUUCAAGAAGAUUAUGAUAUAAUCGAAAAGGAGAGAAUUAAUGGCCGUGCCUUUCUUAAGAUAGCCGAAGAAAAACUUCGAAGUUAUGGAAUGCCAGGUCAAAUCUUGCUGACUUCGCUAAGGAACUUGGCAAGCAGUUUGAGGGAAGUGUUAAUAAGAUAUGGUCUCGAAAGUGAGGGCACCGACAAAAUACCAUUAUUUUCUCUACAAACCUACGAAAUCAAAGACUCCGACAAGCACUUCGAGCAUUGCAUGGCGGAAAUUUUAGUCAGGCUAAAAAAUUACGGAACUUUGGUCGUUGAUAGCUUGGAAGCCAUGCGUAAUGAAUAUGUUGUGGCAAUUCUUCAUACCGCAAUCAAUAUUACAAGAGAUUCUACAGGGGAAGAACUCAGCAUGAGGCCUGAAUACGAAGUAAUAGGUGAUGAAAGUACGGGACGGGUUGACUUCGCAAUCAAGAAAGCUGAGAACCUUAUUUGUGUUACAGAGGAUAAACCACAACGAAAUGUAGUCGAGCGGUUCGCUCAGAAUAUCGUCCAGCUUGAAAGUUCGUUUCAAACGAACAAGAGAAAACGAAAGCGGGAUUAUGAGGAUGAUUUCGAUUAUUUAUAUGGUAUUGUCACUACGGCUCGGGACUGGCACUUCUUGCUCUACACUCCGGGGAAAUUUCACAAGGUAGUAAAUUAUCAUUUAGCAUCGAAUUUUCCGAAGAUGCUUUGGAUAAAGAAUCCGUAGAAUAUCAAGCAUUACGUAAUGGCGUGAAAAAGGUUUUGGGUAUAGUAGUAGGUUUAUUAAAGGAUAGGGCAUGUGCGGAAGACGAUCCUCCCUCAAAGAAAAAGGCUAGAAUAUCGUUCGAAAAAAUAGGAUGUAUAUUACACAGACGUCAUGUAUCACGGGCAGAGUCCCGAAUCUUUGUAUUUAUUUUUGCAUGUAUUAAUAAAAA